AUGGCCCCGACUUCGGACGAGCUCUCGGCGCCCGGCGCUGGGAGAUACGACUCGACGACCAUGACUGUCGGCGAUGGAACGUGGGACUUUACCAAGAAUACCUUCCUGCUGCCGAACCUGCAAGGGCUCAACUUUGAGACGAUGCGAUACAACGGCAUGGGCAAUCGUUUCUCGACGCUCUCGCAGUACCACCGCAUGAUCCUCGCCCACGGCAUCAUGGGUGCCCUCGUCUUCCUCGUCCUCGUUCCCCUAUCCGUCAUGACGGCCCGCUUCUACUCCCGAAGACCCGGCUACGCCAUCACCUAUCAUGCGCAGAUUCAUGUCUUCGCCGCCAUGCUGCUGCUUGCCGUCCUCAUUCUCGGCUGCCUCGCCGUCGGGCCCGAGCGAAACCUGACGAACCCCCACCACGGCAUCGGCGUCGCCAUAUACGUCCUCUUCGUCCUUCAGCUGGUCGGCGGCCGCCUCGUCCGCCACAUCACGAAGCUCCGAUCGCUGCGCAUCAUGAUUCAUCAAUGGUCGGGCCGGGCCAUCGCUCUGCUCGGCAUCGUUCAGGUGCCUCUGGGGCUCACCCUCUACGGCUCGCCCAAGUAUCUCUUCGUCCUCUACACCCUCUGGGUCAUCUUUCUGCUCCUCGUCUACUUUGUCUUGAGCUGGCGGGCGCCGGAUCGUCGCGACCUGUACGAAUCCGGCACGAGAUCCGACGCCGCACGUACGCGCUUCACCGAGUCCGAGUACUAUUCCGGCUCCCGCUCGAGCGAAUGGAAGAGAUCCCUCGGUCCCAUGGCCGCCGGCGCCGGCAUCUUGGCUCUCAUCGGCUUGGCGAGUAAAAAGAAGGAGGACAGGGCCCGCAGCCGGAGUCGCAGCCGGAGUGGGCGCCGGAGCAGGUCGAGAUCCUUCAGCCGAAUGAGCUCCAGCCACAUGCCGGACGUCGUCUCUUCGAGGCGAGAUUCUGGAAGCUUUACCGAAAAGUACUCGGAAAUCCAUCCGCCCAGGAAUGGCGGCGGCGGCGGCGGCGGCGGCGGCUUCGUGAAAAUCCUUGGCGGUCUUGCCGCCGCAUUGGGGGCUGGCAAGUUCGCCUCGAACCUGACAAAAGGACGGGAUAGACACGACGACGACUACUCGGCCCUGUCCACCCACACGCCUCGCCGAAAUAGAUCGGGCCGCGGCGCAGCCUCGAGAACCGACCUCGGCAGCGCGUACACGGAUGACUACUCGGUAGACACUCGAGAUGGAACCCAGACGUCCAUCCUGCCGCCCUCGGCCCACCCGAACCUCGCCAGAAACGGCGCCGAGAGCAGAGACACGCGGCCUCCGUCGACGCCUCGGCAGAUGCAUGGCCGCCGAGACGAGUUUGGAGACUCGGACUAUUCGUCGUACGUGAGUCCCUCUCGCCGGACAGGGGCCGAUGGUCGUCGGCCGGGCGAGGGAGCCGUGGCCAAGGGCAUCAUGUCCGGUUUCGGCAUGGGAUGGUUGGCCAAGAAAAUGUCCGGUGGACGAGCGAAGAAGGAGGCAGAUAGGCUACGGGACGAGGAGGACAUGCGUUCCGGCACCCAGGGCUCCAAGUUCACCGGCGACGGAUACCCAUCCCCGUCGCGGAGAUACUCGCACCGACCGGCUCCGGUUCGACGGCAGACGAGCUACGGCAGGGACACGGAGAUCUCGGAGCUCACGGGGUCGUCGAUCGAAACCCGGGACGCCGCCGGUGGCUACGUCCCGUACGAACCGAGCGGCGCGCCCAUGACGAGCAGCGGAAGCCGGCCACGAUCCCGCUCGAGGCAAGAACCCGUUUCCAUGCCGGCCAUGCCCCCCGACCCAGGCCCCGUCCCCUUCUCGGGCGCCGAGGAGUCGUACUUGUCGUCCGAGGACAGCCGCAGCCGACCUCAGAGGCGAACUUCAUCGCGCCGCCGGAGGGCGGGUGAGAGAGCCGCGGCCAAGGCAGCGGCGAGGGCGGAGACGCUGGCGUCGGAAACGGGCUAUCGCGACGAGAGGGACCGGUACGGGUCGCCGCAAAGCCAACCGUUCAGCGUCAAGCUCAAGGUGCACGACGACCGGGACAGGAACGUGACUCUGCGACGGCUCACCGAAGAAGAGGCGGCCGCGACCCGGACACCGAGGGGCCGCAUCGAGUCGGACAACAGCUUCUCGGAUCUUGGCUCUCCCGGCCAGGGUCGACGAUACCGAAGGGAUUCGAGCCUGCAACGAGACUCGAGCCUGCAGAGAGACUCGAGCCUACAAAGAGACCCGAGCCAGCAAAGGACCGAGCGGGCCUCGGAGAGGAGAAGAGAAGAACAAGACCGGCUGGAGCCGCUCUCCCCACCAAACCCGACCUUUGCGAGGGGUGGGCGGCGAGCGCAAGACUCGACCUACUACUCGGCCCAGGCCGGGCCUUCGGGCGCCGCACCGACAGCUGGACAGACCGUCACCAGCCUAGGCAGUCCGGGGAGCCACGCGACGUGGAGCGCCAUGAGCGGACCCGGCAAGGGUUCGGAGGCGCCCUCAGCCGCCGCCGCCGCCGACGAUAGGAGACGACGGCGCCGACAGGAGCGCCGCGCAGCGAGCGGCACGACGCGACCGUCAGACUUGGACAUGUUUGAAUAG